AUGGCAGAAAGCUCGGAUUCCUCCAGGCGCAAGCGACCUUUCCCAAGGGGCACCGCCUUCUAUCCCCGCAAAAGAGCCAACACCGCAUGCCAGGUGUGCCGAGCCAGGAAAACGAAAUGCGAUAACCUCAAACCAACUUGCUCAUACUGCCUCAGUGUUGGAGCUACCUGCAUUCAAUCGGCUGCCGACCUCUCAAGCUUCGAUCCGGCAAGCCUCAGGAUUCUGGAACGGCUCGAUGAGCUCGAGCGGAUUGUGCGCCAGCAGCAUGAAACUAGGUCGGCAACCACGGCGGUUGUUAGCCCAGCAAGCCUGCCUUUGCCACCGAGCAUUCACCAACCUGAUCAUCAGCCCUUCUUGGCAUCGGCGCCUUUGCGGCUUAAACAACUUCUUUGUGUUGCAGUCGAGCCCCCUGAACGGUUACUACGGCUGCCUGUGUUCGCCGGGUUUCGAUCUUUACCGGAAGCGCCGUUGAUUGAGGGUCCCCCAACCAGGCGUAUACCCGUCCAUAUGGAGCGACAGGCUUCAUUUGCCGGUUGCGACACAACUUUACCCGGUGGCAUUCAUACGCUUCUAGAUAACUUCUUCGAGUACGUGCACUGCAAGAAUCCGGUUUUGGAGGAAGCACCGACUCGGCGGCUGGUCUUGGCCGUGUCCCUCGAGGGUCCCGACUGGUCGGCGAGAUCUUGUCUCGCUUUACUUGUCUGUGCUCUAGGGACACUUGCCACGCCAUUUGGAGAGAAUCCGCCCACAGACACCGGACCAGGAAGCGCCCGAUAUGCCGACGCGCAGGCAUUAUUCCAGGCCGCACAGCGCCGCAUGGGCGUUUUGCUGGUAUCAACGCGAGAAGAAGAUGAUCUUAUAGCGUCACAGUGCUUACUUCUGUCGGGGCUAUAUCUAAUGUGUAUACUACAGCCGUUUCUCGCCUGGCGUUUAUUCACGCAAGCCUUAGCUGCUUGUCAGCGAUCCCCCUUUCUACGGCGCAUGUACGCCAGGGAUGGGCAUGAAAGUGCUGUCCUUGCCCCACACGGUGCACCUUCAGCCCGCGAGACUCAGGAAUUAGCCAUCUACUGGUCAGCAUGGAAAUCAGAGCGCGAACUUCGUCAUUGCUUUCAGUUACCCGACUUCCCCGCUGCCGGGGAAACAGGAAGCUAUCUCUAUCCGCGAUUGUUUCCGACUCCACCGGCCACAGUAUCAGAUGACCUUGUGGGUGAGCAUCGUCAGCGAUCCUCAUGGCUAUUCUACUUAGCCGAAAUAUCUCUCAGACGGCUCAUGAGUCGCGUGUGCCGUGAGAUCGCCGCUCUAUACAGCAGUAUGACUUCGGCAGCGGCCCACGCUGGGAACACCGAGGACGCAGAUACCGAAUUCCUGGUUCAACUAGCCCUUCUCAUCCCCGAAUACGAAGAGCAGGGCCGCCGGUGGGCUGGGAGUCUCCCUGUCGAGCUUUCUCUCGAGGCUCCACCAGCGGAUGAUAAUGUCUGCCGGUUUGUCCUGCGAGGGCACUACGCAGACUUCCGCGAAGUCCUCUACUGGCCCUUCUUAGCACAUUGGCUUGGGUGCCGCUACUCAGUAGGCCCGGACCAAAGCCACCCAGCAUCCUCGCCUUUCCUACCUUCGCCCACUGGAAGCCUCUCAUCAUACCGCGCCCCUCCAUUGACAACGAAUUCAUCCACACCUCCUUCCUGGAGCUCUACAGCAGACAAACUUGUAGAGCGAUGUCUUGAAACACAAAUUGAACGAAUCCACAUCAACAAAAUGGGAUUUCGGCAUCGACAUCACGGUACCUUGCUUCUCAUAUGGACAUGCAUUCGCGGUGUAUUAAUUCUAUUCGCCGCCAAACUGAACGGUCUGCGCAUGCCGAGCGGGUGGCAAGAUGCAAUAGCUUGUGUUCCAGACGGGCUUCUGGGUGUUUGGGAGAAUGAGAUGCCCUGGCUGGGGUCUUGGAGAGAGUUUAUCGAGGACGUGCUGCAAAGGUGUUCAUAA